AUGGCCGUCAAGCAUUUCUACCUCUUUGGGGAGGAUCCGUCCAAGACGCGAGAAUUGAACCUCGACCCCCAAGUCCAACAAGAAUACGAACACGUCCGACAUCUAAUCGCUGAAGAAUUUGCAAUCAUCGAACCUUCAGGCAUCGAUCUUUCUAUUGAUGGCGAGACUUUAACGGAUGUGACCGAUGUCCUUAGUGCGAAAACGCCGAUGGCCAUCUCUAUCGAUGGCAAGCGGAUCAGAGAUGUCCCAGGACCCAAAGGAUAUCCAUACCUAGGCAACUACUACGAAGUUUACCCUGACCAUCUGGGAAACCAUCAACGUCUGUUUGAACAGUAUGGCUCAAUUUUCAAGACCACCAACAUGGGGAGCACAGUCUACGAAACCAACAGCCCUCAAAUCGCGCAGCUGGUGUUUUCGGAAUCGCAAUAUUUCAGCAAAGAGAUCACGCCAUCCCAUCCCCUUUAUGGUAUUAAAGACCAGACAGCGGGCGUUUUCCUGGCAGACACCAACACCGAGGCCUGGAGGCUGGCUCAUAAAUUUCUUCCUCCGGCCUUUUCACCAAAGGCUGUUCGGCACUACGCUCCUCAGAUGCAAAAGACGGUUGAAUCUGCUUUCAAAGUCUUUGACGAACUCGACAAGCGAGGAGAGGCGUGGAAUGUUUACCCGUACAUGCUCAAGCUUGGUUCGCAGGCUGUCGGCAAGUUGACCCUGGGCGUGGAUUUCAACCACUUCCACGCGGUGGACGCACCGCUGAGCCGCAUGGUUCUGCUGAUCGCUCAACUGCUCGAGUUGAACAAACGAGUCACUUCCAAGGGAAGUUGGUACUCGUCUCUUCCCUUCGGAGAACCCAAGGAGUUGCGCAACUGCAGGAAGAAUAUCGAUAACCUGGUGGAGGAUGCUCUUCACAAGAUGGCCCCUAACGGGGUCGAGGAUCUCGAUCUUCAGGACGCCGCCCUGAAGGCGUCGUGUAUUGCCGACUACGCCAUGCGCGCCAUCGAUCGACAAGGCGAGAAACUUCCCCGAGAAUAUCUCAAGUCCUCCCUGGUGGUCGCCACCGCAGCUGGAUUCACCACCACGUCCAGCCUGCUGUCCUGGCUGAUCUUUGGCCUGGUCAGCUAUGAAGGAGUGCAGGAACGGCUCCUGCAAGAGCUGAUAGACAACGACAUUGACGAAAACACCGUUUUUGACGCCGACACCAUCGGCAAGCUGCCUUAUCUUGAAAACUAUGUCAAGGAGAUGCAGCGUCGCCACAACCCCAGCUUCCAGCCUGGACGUACAGCACAACAGGACGUUAUUCUUCCCGGCGGGUUCAAGAUUCCUCGCGGCGGCGUGGUCAUCCCGGCAUUGCACCACAUCCACAACAAUCCCGAACUGUGGGACAACCCGACCAAGUUCGAUCCAGACAGAUGGAACACGGACUCGGUCAAGAACAGACACAAGGCAGCGUACAUCCCGUUCGCGAUGGGCCCGCGAGGCUGCAUCGGCUUCAACUUCGCCCUGCUUGAGGUCAAGGUCUUUUUGCCCAAGCUGGUCUACCGGUACAAGUUCGUCCGCGAAGGCGACGACCCCAUCCAAUACGACCCGAUGUUCCAGCUGAUCCGGCCUCUCAAUCUCUACGUCCGCGCCGAGAGGAGGCACAAGUGGCCUGCGAAAAGCGAAGCGUGUGCCUGA